CGAAAAUUGAUUUUUUUGUAGAUCUGUUUUUCUUCUAAUUGAGCAUGCUAAGUUAGUGUAACACUUUUAAAAUUUAAAAUGAAUUAGUAGGCUUAAUAUUUGACUGAAGUUAGAAAAAAGUUUUGUCUAGUGGAGAAAUAAAAAACAGACCUCGUGUCUCCCGGUCGCAAUUCUCUCUUUCUUUCGCUCGCGAGGUUAGAAGCUUAUGGUGGACGUCAACGUCGUCAACGAGUGGAGGAGAAUGCAGUAAACGUCGGCAAAUGUUCGCUCGUACUGAAUUCUGUUUGCAACAAUCAGAGCAAUCUUGUUUUUAUUCUGGGUACAAAUCUUGCUCCAUUCACAUAGAUUCCGAGCGCCUAAAUGAGCUCCAAGAACAAGUACAACUGCGUUCUAUGCAACGCAAAACUGGACACCAAAGAUGCGCUGCAACAACAUUUUAGGCAACAUGCAAAUAAGAAGAUAGAUGGUCGUGGACGACCAAUACAAAGGAAAAGUGAUGAAGACACUUUAUGUGAUGUAUGCAAUCAGUCGUUUCAUUCGAUAGGGGCAGCAAUAAGACACAGGUUCAAAAUGCAUCCCAAUUCACCAACCAAAUUUCAUUGUCCCUAUUGUGGACAGCAAUUUCCUCUAAAAAAUCAUAGAGAUACUCAUCAAACUUUACACAAUGUAACUGAAAGCGAAUAUAAAGAUCAACACAGAAAAUGCAAAGAGUGUGACAUAUUAUUUUACAAUCAGAAGGCAUUGGAUUAUCAUUGUAAAUCCAUUCAUAAACGAAUGAUAGCCACUCCUCCACCUAGUAACAAGAAAUUUAAUGAAGCAAUGAACGUACACUAUUGUCAUUUAUGUGGCGUAAAAUUUAUUGUUAAGUUCAAAUUGCAACAGCACUUGGAAAGGAUACAUACAGAAAGACAAAAAAGAGCUAUGCCGUCGGAGUUAAUUCAAUGUACAGUAUGUGCAGCAUCGUUUUACAAUAAGAAGGCCUACGACAAGCACAAUACUUAUGAUCACCCGAAUUUAUAUGUGACAUCUGAAGAGCAGAAAAUGCAGAUGGUAACCAGGAUUGAUCAAGACUUUGACAUUAGGAGAGUGCAAUCUAUGGCUGAUAAAUAUGUAUCGAGAUGUAAUUCUAAUAAAAUUAAAAAGCAGAUUAACCAUGAAAUACAGAAUGAAGUGGUGAAAACAGAGAUUAAGACAGAGAUUGAGACAGAGAUUAAGACAGAGAUUGAGACAGAGAUUAAGACAGAGAUAAAGAGAGAGAGGUCUGUGUCAUUAGACGACCCUGCAUGUAUCGAGUCAAGCGAUUCAGAGAGCGACAUCCCAUUGAAGCAAAGGAGAGAUUUAUAAACUUGCUACACACACAAUCGUGAUAGUAAUCUGCUUUUUUGCAGUAUAUGUAUAUAUAUGUAUUAUAUAAAUUAAUGAAA